AAAAAGCUGUUAAGAAACCCAAGGCUUACUUUGAUUUCGUACAGCACAGCACAGCUAAGGUAGAAAUACUGGUGAGAGGCCCAAAAACUAAUGGAUCAUUAACGGAUUUUCCUUUAAAAUUGAUGUUUAGGUGUAAUAUGUGUUAUUUCAUCGAAAUCCAGUCUGAGGGGAUUCACAAAAUUUACUCAUUCCCGCCAUCCCAGAGGUGGGAUGCAGCACUCAGAAAGAAAGACAUUCCCAAACUGAUCAUGGAAGACAUCCCUGGAAAGCACCAGCAGAGUGCUGACAGAAGAGCAAUGAGGGAACGUUUGAAAAGGCAUUCCUGAAGCAAGAAGAGGAGAACACCAAACCCAAUUUCGACGUAACACACUAGUGCAAAAUGUACAGUUUACUACUGAAGAAGCAGAGGAAAUACACGAACGAUUGGAGUUGGUUUGAUCGGGGAAAAAGAAAGGCCUGUGCAUUGAUGUCCGAUGUAGAGCAUAAAAGGUGGACAGGAAUGAAGGGGAAGGCACAGCAAAUCAGGAGCAGGAGAAGGAGAUUAUAUCUGAAACAUGGGUGGGUGCUGUGGGGGCGGACAGCCCGUGGUGAUGUGCCCAAGCAACAGGCUGUGACAUCACCGGGUGACGGACUGUGACUGCGCAGCCCUCACUGCUCACAGUGGGGUGCCGGCAGGGCCUGGCUCAGUCUGGCUCGUUCCUGGACCCUGCUGAGCAGCUCUGCGAGGCUUGGAGGUCGAGCAAGGUUUUGGCUGUGCUGUGCUGUGCUGGGUUGUGCCUGGGGCUGCUCGCAGCAUCUCAGUGCCUGACCCCACAGUAUCGCUUCUGUUUCCCGGCCCUGCCUUGUGCAGGCAGCCGGGACCCUACCGAGCGCACCCGCAGCAGCGGAGAGCGUGACACCACUGCUGCAGCCCUGGUGAAGAACAGCUCAUCAUUCUCAGUUCUCCCAGCUCACUGCAGCGAGAGGAACAUGGCCGCAGAAGAGGCAUGGACGUGUCCUGUCUGCCGCGAUGUGCGACAGGACACUGCAUAUGCGAUUCCAUGCAACCACACGUUUUGCCUUGGCUGCAUUCAUCGGUGGGCGAGGCUGAGAGCCAGCUGCCCGCUGUGCAGGACGGCCAUGAGGACCAUCCGGGUCCCUGUGCGGGGAGACAAUCAGUACAUGGAGUGCGUCGUCUCCCCGCCCGCAGUGCCAGUGCCCGUCGGCUUUGGCACCACCACCGGCCCCAGCGGCGCUGCGGCAUCUGCUCCACUGUCAGCUCAGCACAGGCAUGUGGAAGCAGCAAGAGUGGGCGGCCUCCUGCCGGAGGAAUGGGCAGCGCUCUUCAGGGAGAGACGCGACCUCCUCUACCCGGUGCUGCCCUGGCUGGAGAACAUCUUCGCCCAGAUCCAGGAGCUGCGUUGGUGGCAGAUCACUGGGCUGGAGAGUGUGAUCCUGGCCCUGCUGUGCCAGAUAGGCCUGGACAGGGAUGUCCUGGUGCAGCGCGCGCAGCCCACCCUGGGACCUGUCACCGCAUCACUCAUUGACGCGCUCAUCGAAAUCAUCGUGAGCCAGUGCGGCCAGGAGGCCCGGAGGCUGCUGGGCCUCGAAGACCCCAGCGCUGCCCAGGCGCAGGACGAUGGCCUCGCGGCCCCGUCCGGUCCCACCUCCUCCCCGCAGGAUACCGCCACCCCCAGCGCCGCGCCCUCCGGCAGCUCCGCCGAUCCCGACACAGAGGAGCUCCCCGGCACGUCCAGAGGGGCCCUUGCCAGAACUCCUGGCCAGCCGGGUCCCGAGGCUGCCGGUCCCUCUGAGCAGGGCCGCAGCCGCGGCUCCUCCGCUCGCGGCCGGGGCAGGAAGCGCUCGGCUGGGGGGCCCCGGCGCCCCGCAAAGAGGAGGGCCGGCAGCGCCCAGCGCGCUCCUCCGCCCUGCAAGAGGCGGCCCCCCCGGCGCCUCUAGCGGGGCUUACACAGCUUUCCAAUAAAAGAUGAAAACGUA